CUCUCACACAGAGAAGAGGCCAGGUGAGGACACAGAGAAGGUGACCAUCUCCUGACAGAGACUUCAGGAGAGAGCAAACCUGCUGACACCUUGAUCUUGGGCUUCUAGCCUCCAGAACCGUGAGAGGUUCUGUUGUUUAAGCCUCUUAGUCUGGCAUUUUGUCACGGCAGCCCUGGCAGACUAGCGCAUCAGGUUUCUUUUCUUCUUGUGGUGAAGGCUUUUGGUGUCCUAGGAAACAUUUGCCUGACUCAAGGUCACGAAGAUCCUCUUCUGUGCUUUCUUCUAGGAGUUUUAUAACUUCAGCAUUCACAUUUCAGUUCUCUUUUAUUUUUAAAACUUUCUCUCUUUUCACUUUCUGAAAAGUGAAAGGCAUUAUCUGCUGCAUUAAUUUGCUCAUAUUUCUUCUAAUUUAUUCUUCAUUUAUGAAAUAUUGUUUUUUAUCUGACUCCUGUGUUCUGUUAUCUUCUUUCUGAGUUUUUCUCAUUCUGUUUUGUGCUGUUCUUCCAUGUCUUGUAUCAUUUUAAAAUGUCUUUUAUAGCCCAUUUUGAAGUAGUAGUUUACAGUUUUGAUCUGUUCCUGGAUAUGUUUUUAGUGUGCAUUUUCUGACUCAUUCAGUUGAUUGCUUAGCUUAUUAAUUUCUAUCCUUUCUUGUUUUCUAAGUAUUUAAAACUAUGUUUCCCUCUAAGUAUUUGCUUAGCUGCAUCUCAUAAAUUUUUAUUUUUAUUAUUUUUGUGAUCAUUCAGUUUUAGAGAUUUACUAACUUCCAUCAUAAUUUCUUUCUUUGAUCCAUGAGUCUUUUCUUUUCUUUUUUUUUUUUUUUUUUUUUUUUGUCUGUGUUGGGUCUUCACUGCUGCAUGCAGGCUUUUUCUAGUUGUGGCGAGCAGAGUCUACUCUUAGUUGCAGUGUGCAGGCUUCUCAGUGCAGUGGCUUCUCUUGUUAUGGAGCACAGGCUCUAGGUGAGUGGGCUUCAGUAGUUGCGGCACACGGGCCCUAGAGAGCACGGGCUUCAGUAGUUGUGGCUCUCAGGCUCUAGAAUGCAGUCUUGGUAGUUGUGGCACACGGGCUUAGUUGCUCUUUGGCACGUGGCAUCUUCCUGGACCGGGGAUCAAACCCAUGUCCCCUGCAUUGGAAGGUGGAUUCUUAACCACUGUGCUACCAGGGAGUCAUUUUAUUUUAUUUUAUUUUAUUUUAUAUUUUAUUUUAUUUUCCAAUGUGUGAUUUUUGUCUCCUGUCUUUUUUUUUUUUUUUUUUUGAAGUAUAGUUGAUUUACUAUACUAAAUCAUGUGUUAGUUUCAGGUGUACAGCACAGUGGUUCAGUUAUACGUAUACACAUUCUUUUUCAGGUUCUUUUCCAUUAUAAGUUAUUACAAGAUAUAGAAUAUAGUUCCCUGUGCCAUAUAGUAGGUCCUUACUGUUUAUCUAUUUUAUAUAUGGUAGUGUGUAUAUACUAAUCCCAAACUUCUAAUUUGUCCCUCCCCAGUCCCCUUUCCCCUUUGGUAACCAUAAAUUUGUUUUCUGUGUCUGUGAGUCUAUUUCUGUUCUAUAAAUAAGUUUGUUUGCAUCAUUUUUUAAGAUUCCACAUGUAAGCGAUAUCGUUUGAUAUUUGUCUGUCUGUCUGACAAUUCACUUGGUAUGAUAAUCUCACCCUUGUUCCUGCAGAUGGCAUUAUUUCAUUCUUUUUUUAUGGCUGAGUAGUAUUCCAAUAUAUAUAUAUAUAUAUAUGCCACAUCUUCUUUAUCCAUUCAUAUGUUGAUGGACACUUCCAUGUCUUGACUAUUGUAAAUAGUACUGCUAUGAACAUUGGAGUGCAUGUGUCUUUUCAAAUUAGAGUUUUGGUCUUUUUCAGAUAUAUGCCCAGGAGUGGGAUUACUGGAUCAUAUGGUCACUUUUUUUUAGUUUUUUUAAGGAACCUCCAUAUUGUUCUCCAUAGUGGCUGCACCAAUUUACAUCCCCAUCAACAGUGCAGGAGGGUUCCCUUUGCUCUACACCCUCUCCAGCAUUUAUUGUUUGUAGAUUUUUUGAUGAUGGCCAUUCUGACCGAUGUGAGGUGACACCUCACUGUAGUUUUGAUUAGCAUCUCUCUAAUAAUUAGCGAUGUUGAGCAUCUCUUCAAAUGCCUGUUGGCCAUCUGUAUAUCUUCUUUGGAGAAAUGUCUAUGUUGGCCUUCUGCCCAUUUUUAAUUGGGUCAUUUGUUUUUUUGAUAUUGAGCUGUAUGAGCUAUUUGUAUAUUUUGGAAGUUAAUCCCUUGUCGGUCACAUCGUUUGCAAAUAUUUGAUCCAUGCGUCAUUUUAAAACAUUUUAAAAUGUUGACUCUUUAGUUCUCCUUUUGUUCAUGAUUUUUAAUUGGAUUAUUUGCAGUCAGAGGAAAUAGUUUGAGAGAUACCUAUUCUUCGAAAUUUCUUGAGAGUUGCUUUAAUUUUGUUAAUAGUUUGGAUAACAUUUUGUUUAUGGUUCAUGUGUGGCUCAAGCAGUCUCUUGCUUGUUCUGUAUAUAUUCAUUAGACCAGCUUUGAUCCUUAUGUCGCUCAUGUUUUUAGCAUAUAUACUAAUUAUUUUUCUCUAUUCAGUUGUUGGUUACUGAGUGAGAUGUAUUAAAAAUUUCUCAUUAUAAUUUGGAUUUUCUUUUCCUUUCUGUAGUUUUGUCUAUUUCUGCUGAAUAUAGUUGGGAGCUAUUUAAUAGGCACACGUAAGUUAGCACUUUAUAUCUUCCUGAUAAGUGGAAACAUUCAGUAUUGUGUAGUGAUUCUUUUCAUCUUUACUAAUGCUUUGGACUUUGAAGUUUCUGUUUUGUUUCAUAUUAACAUACCUAUAUCAGUUCCUUUUUCCCUUGAGGUUUACAUUGUAUAACUUCACCAAGAAAGAAAACAGGGGAAUUCUUCCCCCAAAUCUGUUCCCUUUGCCUACCCACAUCUCAGCCUUUUCUAUUCACUUGUUGCUCAGUUUCCAAACUCAGGAAUAGUCCUCAAUUCUGCUUUUCCUCACGUUCCACAUCCAAUCCAUGUGCAAGACUCACCAACUUUACCUCCAAAAUGCAUCCUACAUCCAGCCUCUUGCCAUCUCCACCACCAUCCUCUCUUGGACUACUGCUGCUCCUCCUAGCUGGUUUUAUAAGAGUGAUAGUUUAAAAACAUAAAUUAGAUCACCUCAGUUCCCCUGUUCACAACCUUGCAGUGGCUUCCUAUGACACUUGGAAUAAAAUCCAAACUCCUUACCAAGAUGGUGAGACCCUACCUCCCCUGCCACUCCCCUCCACCCUCAUCUCCAGUCUGUCCACCCACUCCCUCACUUGUCCACUGGGCUUUGGCCAUCCUGGCCUUUUUUUUUCUGAACAGAUCAAGCCCCUACCCAUCACAACGUCUUUGCUUUUGGAAUUCCGUCCCCCAGGCCUUCUCCUGGCUCCUUUCUCAGCAUCCCAGGCUCGACUUCAGCACUGUCUUCCUGGCCUUUCCCAAGCCACCUUUGGAGAGCAGUCACCCCACACUACCCUAUUAUCACUGCACUUACCAGCUUCUGGAUUUCUCUUGUUGAUAUGAUAAUGGUCUCCCAUCCCCUCCCUCCAGAGUAUAAGUUCCCGAGGGCAGGACCUCGUUUGUCAUGAAUUGCUGAUUGCCCAAGAAUAAUGCCCAGCAAGCAGGUGCCUCCUUUGGACCUCAGUGUUCUCAGGAGGUUGGAGUCAUGGAUCUAUGUGUUCCCCUCUGACACCCACACAGCACCCAGCAUGGUGCCUGGCACAAAGUAGGGGAUCCACAAUGCCUGAAUGAAAAAACACGUGGAAAAUGGUUACUAGCACAACGGCCCUGUAGGGGAGACAUGACAGAUGAGGAGACUGAGGCUUAGGGGCAGUGGCCUGCGUUAAGGUCCCAGAGCUAGUGAGGGGCAGAGCCCAGGUUCCUAUGCCCAUCUGUCAUUCCAGAGCCCGAGCUCCUAACUGGACUGUUCUCCUUCUGUCUCAGCCGAUGGCUGGCUGGCUGGACAGAUGCAUGGAUGGAUGGAUGAUCAGCUCUGCAACCCCCAGACGGUGGCGGAGAGUGAAAAAGUGUGCAGGAACCAAAGAGCUAGUGUGUUCUCUGAUGUGCCUGGAGAAACAAGACCUUUGCAACAAGUUCAAGGGGCGCGUGCAAGCAGUUUCUCCCAGUGCCAGGUCCCCCUGGGUGGAGUCCAAGUCCAUGGAUUACUUUUUUGAAGUGGAGCCGGCCCCACCUGUCCUAGUAUUCAACCGGACAGAGGAGAUCCUGAGCAUCAGUGCCACGUACCAGCUGCCCCACUGCAUGCCCCAACCAAAUCUGAACUAUGAGGUGGAUUUCUGGAAGGAGGGGACCAGGAACAAGACCCGAUUUCCAGCCACUCCGCAUGGUCAGCCAGUCCAGAUUCCUCUCCAGCCAGACACCAGAGGACACCACUGCCUCAGCGCCAGAACCAUCUACACCUUUGGCUACCCUAAAUAUAGCAAGUUCUCCGAGCCCACCUGCUUCUUCCUGGAGGCCCCAGGAUUCAACUGGGCACUCCUGGUGUUGCUACCCCUUCUGCUGCCACUGCUGUUGGUCAUUGCCAUAGGACAUGUGAUCUGGAAGAGCUUCAGGGAGAACCCCGGGUUUCAGCUGACAAAAAUGCCACAGGCCCUGGACUUCUCUGGACACAGACACCCUAGGGCAACCUUUGAGCCCCGUGGUCCAGAGUGCCUGCAUGACUUGAUGCUCUGUCCCCAAAAGGAACUGACCAGAAGGGUCAGGCUGACCCCUAGAGUCAGGGUCCCAGCCACCGUCCAGGCAGGAUCAGAGAAGCACAGUGCUGAGGAGGAGAAGGACGGCGAGGAGAACAUAGAUGUGGACACGGACGACGGUGUCAGCUUCCAGCCCUACAUUGAACCACCCCCCUUCCUGGGGCAGGAGCACCAGAGCCCAGGGCACGCUGAGGCAGGAGGGCCUUGGACUCCUCUGGUCCAGGUCGAAGGCUCCUCUGCUUUCGAUUCUUCAGACAGAAGCUGGGCCAGCACAACGGGCUCCUCCCCCUGGGACGAGGCUGGAUCAUCUGGCUAUUUGGUCAAGAAGGGGCCAGGCCGAGGACCAGGCAGGGAGGAGAUCCAGAAGCCUCUCCCACCACCUGAAUUCUCCGAGGACUCAAGUUCCCUGGAAGAGCCCCCAAAAGACGACCUGUCCUCCUGGGUCAGCUGGGGCUUAUCAUCACCAGGGCUGAAUCUGGUCCCCGGGGAGCCCCCAGUUUCUCUUCGGACACUGACCUUCUGCUGGGACAGCAGCCCCGAGGAAGAGGAGGAGGAGGAGGAGGAGGAAGAGGACGGUAGGAGGGAAUCAGAAAGUGAGGACAGUGGUGCCGGCAGCUGGGGGGCUAAGAGCCUCCCGAGGACCGAGGUCAGAGGAAGGACACUGCGGCAUUACUUGGCCAGGUGAGCUAUCCCUCCGAGUCUGGUGCCGCCGAGCUUUCCGGGGACCCCUGAUGCCUCGAAGACUUGAGAUCCUGGGAACAUCAUUGCCGGAGUGGCCAAGGGUUCUUACAGCACCCGGGGAACCCCAGCUGGAGGCUGUCCACCAGGUUGAGCAGUCAGGAGCCACGUCGUCCUGUCACCUGCCAGCUUUGGGCCGAGUGCCAAGAGAGGCGGAGACAAGGAUGGGCAGAGGUCAGAGGUUGGCUGGGUGUCAGAUCACCCCACUCUCCCUGGGGUGACAGGUCAGCUGGAAAAAUCAUCCUUGGACAACAUGAAACAGGAGAGGUCAGGUCACAGGGGACACUGAAGGCUGACAGCACAAGGGCCUGUCUGGAUUUGGGAAGGGAGGAAAUCUGGAGGCACACCUGGUGUAGCAGAGACUCACCUGGUGUAGCAGAGACUCACUCGUUUCUCCAGCACCCGCUGGGCUCCCUCCUCCCUGAGGCUCAGUGUCCUGAUUUAUGAAUCCCCUACUGCAGGCCCCAGUGAAGAACAAUCCAGUUGGCUGAGGCUGUUGGAGAGGAAGGGGAAGGACAUCGUCAUUCAGAUCCCAGUCUCUGAGUCACCGUUUCCGAUAUCAGAGAGAACUGGGUCCAAAUUCCACUUACCAGUUGUGUGGCCUUAGGGGAGACACCUUCCUUCUCUAUACUCGAGGCUCCUCUCUGCAGCUACCACCUGGGGCAUGGUAAGGGUUCCAGCAGAGACGUGUGGUGCCUGCCACACCGUUGGCUCUCACCUCGUGGUGGCUGGUGGGAUUCUCCAUCCACCCAGGCUCUGAGGGGACCACUGGGCAUCUCCCACCUGUGAUCCUAAACCCAGAGCGACUGGAGUUCUCACCUCUAGUCUCCCCCCUGCCCUCACUGCCCCCCACCUCCUAAUCAGGAAACUGGGUUCUCAGAAGCCAGAGUCCAGCCAAGAGGGACCCUGGUCCCUCUCCCUCGUCCGAGCAAAGAAAGAACCAAGUGGUCCACCUUCUAGGGGGUCUGGUUAAUUGGUGGUGGAGUAGCAACCCAGCGGGGAAUUGGACCCCUGGGCCUGUGAUCCCUGUCUUAGCACAUCAGACCCUUUAGUUGACCAUUGUGGUUGUAAAGAUGUCCCAUUUCCCCUUCCAGUGUUGAGAAACUACUGUCUUCUAGAAACAGGUGCCUAUCCUUACCUGGGGGUAGUGAUGGAUGUUCUCAAACAACCGCUUUGUUAACCUACACCCGCUGGUAUCUGGGUGAGCAGAGCUGAGUCUUCACCCGUUAGACCAAGCUUUUUGUCGAUUUUGUGGCCCUGCAAGGACCACAGGGAUUGGAACAAUCCCUGGCUGCCAGGGAUUCGUUUUUCCAUUUGUGUGAAAAGCAUCUUUGUAAGCAUUUUAUCCACAGGGCUGUGUUGUUUUGAAGCCAACACAAGGGUAUAGCACUAAGUGAAAGAUCUGGAAAAGCUUCUCAAGGGCAUCUGGUCCCGGGGUUCUCAAACGGUUCCCAAAAGGCCUCAGGCUUCACAGGAGGAGACUCCAUCUCAGGGGGAGCCGUGGGCUGUAGGAUCCCCCCAGUUCAACCAGAGAAGCCUCCGUGGGCCCUGAUUUGCUCCAGCGGCCCUCCACGUGAGAUUGUGCUUAGGAGUUUCCCCUGCUAAAGAAAAAAUUAGCAACCCCCUUUUUAAGUUGAACACCUGUCUUUUGUUUCAAACAGGGAAGCUGAAAUGUUGACUACUGUGUACGUCCCUGAGGGGGAGGCCAUCAGCCUCGGGGCAGCUGGGCCAACCCCUGUCCCCUUGGCCGUGUAAACAGUGCCGAGAUCGCGGCAAGGGUUUCCCAGGGGCACGAGGCUGGCAGGGGGCCUUCGCCACUGCGGGGACUCACCACAUACCUGCACACGCGCAGCCACACACGUGCAUUUCUGCAGGGGUUUCCCUGCAGUAAGGCUUGUCUGCAUCCAUCAUUGAGCACAGAGGAGGAAGAACAAACUGCAACCAUGGAGCUGGGGAAGGCUGUGACUCAGAGCCAGUUCCCAGGAAAAUACCCAGACCAUGCCCACUGUCCUUUCUGGAACCAGUCGAGCCGCCGUGGAGGUUAAUUCCAAAUAACUAAAAGCUAUCAUCACUGUUAUCUUAGGCUUAUGUGAAGGAGCCACUUUAUCUCUAUUCUGAAACCUGGUGUGUUUUUUAAACAUUUGUUUUUUCAGAGUUUAAUUUCUGACGGAGGCUGAGCUUUCUAUUAAUUCUAAACUCCGGCUCCGUUAUGGCCAUUAAGUCAUAACAAAAAGCUGUGGACGGCAUCAGGAAAGAGCAUGCUAAUCAAUAUUAUCCUUUGUCAGGUGUGCUCAGCACUGAACUCUUUACAAAGCCCUUUCAUGAACCUAGGGGCCAGGACCUGCACAGCACAAGCUCCAGGGCCACGCAUGAGGGACCUCAGGGGCAGAGCAGGUGAUGCCCUAGGUGAAAGCAGCAUUCCCCUUCUUUAGGGUGCUGAGAAGAGUAUCUAUUGUUCUUAGAUAUUUGUAUUUAUUUCUAAUAUUAUGUUUAUGUCAUAUAUAAAUAAUUUCCUAAUGCUUGUUGGGUUCUACCUGAAACUGUUUUAAAUAAAGAGCUCUAUUUUUAGAAAAAAAGGUAAGAUCGAAUGGAAAAGUGCAUGCUCUUAUUUCUCAAAGGCUCCUCACCACUCUUCUUGCUGUUAAGACUACAGGGUCGGGACUUCCCUGGUGGUCCAGUGGUAAAGAAUCCAUCCUGCAAUGCAGGGGCCACAGGUUCAAUCCCUGGUCAGGAAACUAAGAUCCCACAUGCCACAGGGCAACUAAGCCGGUGCGCCACAACUAGAGAGCCCAUGUGCAGCAAGACUACAGAGCCCACGCACCCUGGAGCCCGAGUGCCACAACUGGAGAGAGAAAACCCGCAUGCCACAACUAGAGAGAAGCCCACAAGCCACAACAAAGAGUCCGCACGCCACAACGAGACAUCCCACGUGCCUCAGCGAAGAUCCUGCAUGCCACAACUAAGAUCCGGAGCAGCCAAAAAUAAAAAAUAAAAAAAGACUACAGGAUCUUGGGUUGGGUCCCCAGCAGCAGACCUAGAGACGAGGGCUGGGGGGUAUAAAGCCAUGCAGCGAUUCCAGAAAGCAUCAAUAGGAGAGCGAGAAGAGAGGGAGGGGAGGCAGCCAGUCCAGGUGCAUAAUCAAAUAAGUCAUGGCUCUGGGCAACUGGGGCUCAGUCCUCCUAGAGAGCUUUGGGAGCCCAGUGUUGGGCCCUCCAGAUUCGCUCCCCUGCCAGGGACAGGAGCUGGGAAGUUUAUCCACCAGCUCCCAUCAGUCCUGUGUAGAGGGCCACUUCCUCCCAGGGAGCUGCAGGUACUUGCAGUUGGAACGCAUCAAGCUGAGUGCACUAGAAGGGUGCUACAGUGAGGCCAGGGCUGUGCCUACCACCCUGGCAGCUCACCCUAUUGCAACAAUGGUCCAUGGAAGGAUACAGAAUAUCCUAUGUGGCC